GGCUGAGUGAGAAAUCAAGCACUGAAGACAUCGCAUUCAGUGGGAAGACGGGCGUUAUUUGGAGAUUCCUUAGUUAGGUCCCAUUAGCCUCAGAUCUUGGCCAGAAAUGUCGUCUCAUCAUUGAAUUCAUAUGAUGCAAGAGUAGCCUCUCCCUGUUCUGGAGCAGUUAGCCUGAGAGGGAACAUUGUGGCUGUGGUCUGCUGUUCAGUGUUGCUUAGCAAGCUAUAGCCGGCACCAUGGCGCUGUCAUUCAAGAAGGACCUGGAAAAGUACAAGGAUCUCGACGAAGAUGAAAUCCUCAACAAACUGACGGCGGAGGAGCUCAAACAGCUGGAGACGGCCCUCGAGGAGAUAGACCCUGAGAAUGCUCUUCUCCCAGCGGGCUUACGUCAGAAGGACCAUACAACUAAGACAGCAACAGGAUCAUUCAACAGGGAAGGCCUUCUCAAGUACCUGGAGAAGGAAGCCAUGGAGUACAAGGACAGAGAGGAUGUAGUGCCCUUCACUGGGGAAAGAAAAGGUAAAGCAUUUGUUCCUAAGCAGAAACCAAUGGAAACCCGCCAGGAGGAAGUCACAACCCUUGAUCCAGAAUUAGAGGAAGCCCUGUCAAGCGCCACAGAUACAGAACUGUGUGAUCUAGCAGCGAUCCUGGGUGUUCACACGCUGGUCACCAGUAGUCAGACAUAUGAUGGGACUACAUCUAAAGAGGGUUACAACAAUGUGAUCAAAGGGGAGAAGAUGAACCCAGUGUUUGAUGAGCCUCCCAAUCCCACUAAUGUAGAAGAAACUCUGCAGAGGAUAAAAAGCAAUGACAGCUCCUUAACGGAGGUCAACCUUAACAACAUUAAGAACAUUCCAAUUCCCACACUGAAGGACUUCGCCAAAGCCAUGGAGAAGAACACGACCGUCAAGAAGUUCAGCCUGGCAGCAACGCGGAGUAACGACCCCAUUGCUGUGGCGUUCAGUGACAUGCUGCGAGAGAACAAGACGUUGCGAGCGUUGAACUUGGAGUCCAACUUCAUCACCGGGGCAGGGGUGCAGGCUUUGGUUGAUGCGUUGCGAGACAACGACACACUCACAGAAAUCAAGAUAGACAACCAGAGGCAGCAGCUGGGUACUACUGUAGAGAUGGAGAUAGCUAAGAUGUUGGAAGAGAACAACAACAUAGUGAAGUUUGGCUACCACUUCACCCAGCAAGGACCUCGCUCCAGAGCUGCUGCAGCUAUCACCAAGAACAAUGAUCUGGUCCGCAAGAAGCGAGUGGAAGGGGACCAGUAGGGACGAAGCCCAACCUGUCUCCCAGCCAAUCCUGUUGUUUCAUCUCACCAUGUGGAAUAAUUUCAGCCAAUGCCCUGGUCUCAUCUCACUGUGUGGAAACUUUAGUCUUGUGCCAAACUGCGGGGCAAGGCGCGCUCAACCAGAACAUACAUCUGAGAAGAAGGGAAAUAACUGGAAUUGCCCUCUCCCAUUUACAUGUUCAUACUUAUGUUUAUUAUUAUGUCGUUAUUGAAGGUGUAAAUCUGAUUUGUUUUUAGUCAUUUCAUUUCAGCUGCUCUUUUUUUUUUUUUUUUUUUAGCCUUUAUGUGAUCUGUCCAGACUUUUUACUUGCUUUUUCCCCUUUUUAUACUAUGCUAUAAUCAUGUGGGAUAAACAUGAACAUUACCAAGUAACAAUAACCUCUUUUGAAAAACAAUAACUAACAUUGAAAGAGCCUUGUAUCCAACCAUGAUAGUUUGAGGCCUAAGCUCCCAGUGGAAUACCUGUAUUGAAUCAGCAGAAUGUGUCAUUAGAACGAUAGGUAUAUAGCUCUAAAGGUGAUCUUAGGCUUAAGCAUCAGAAUGUGACGUGAAGCAAAGUCGAACCAGUCUGUUAGAGCCACAGCUUACUGGCAGAAUAGUUAUAAUCUAGCGUAGCCAUGACUACUGCAAACCUUGUCUGAUUUUACAGCUGUAGAUACCACAAGUUAUCCUAAGGUAACAUUAGUCACCAUGUGGUUAGAUCACUGUUGUACAUUCCAUCUGCAUGGUGGUUUGCAGGUGUUUAUUGGAGUUGCCUUGUAAAGCCAGCUUGACUGUCUGGCUGGUUAUGUAACGGUUAAGUUUGUGCUGGCCUCAGAACAGAUGCUGGCUCGCCCCCUUAUAUGAAUUAAAUUCUGUACGUAUCAAUGCAUAAUGUUUUUACAUUGCUUUACUGUUUUAUUCGAACUCAAGAGCUUGUUUUUUUAUAUACGGUUCAAUUCUGAUGUUGGUUAUUGUGAUCAUUCGUAUCCCUUAACAAUCAGAUAUAACUAGCUUUGGAUAUUUUGGAUCAAGUAAAAGGGGGAUUGUACUGUAAAAGGAAUAGGAUAUUAACUCAAACAGGCUUUGACCUGCUCUUACAAAUGAUGCCGUAAAAUGUCUGCUCAACACACUGAUGCUUAACCAUGCCAAAGACUAACACAUGCAGUGCUUCAAGUUUCAAUAUGUAACGUGAGGGUUACUGGUUCAGGUUUUGGCUUUGUCAGCUACAGUCACUUCAUUGCAGUACACAUCCGGGAAAGGAGUCUGUGGGUUAACAAAAAUGAUCUAUACAUUUCUUUAGAUCUCAUCAUGCCAUUACGUUUUCUAUUUUUGUGGGCCCUUUGUAGCUUAAAUGUUUAGCAAGUAGUUCACUAAGAUGCGAGGAGAGUUGGCAAACACUUUAUGUUUUACUUCUCAGGUUGGGACUAUGACGGUUGCGAGAUGUUUUCUGUGAACUUUAUCUCCCAGAUAGAAAGUUUUGUACAGAUCUUGAAUUAGAAUGUUCUACUCCCUCUUUCACACUUUGACUUGGCUCUCAGCACUAACAUGUCAUUCAUUCAUUAUGUAACUGAAAACAACAUGCUACGUGUGCCUCAAACUGAACUUCCUGAGGUACACUAACCUGCUUGAGAUGGGUAUAACGGGACUAAUUCAGGAUUACUUGAAACAUUGUAUAUACUGUUUAUGUGUAAUAGGAACAGUAUGCUGGCAUGAACAUCACUCAUGUACGUUACGUUUCUAUCGACCAAAAAUGUUCUUUCAUCCUCACAGCCUCACGUUCCCUGGACAAGAGUUGUAUGGCUGAAUUCAGUACUUUGGGUCUAAUAUCUGUGUGCUUCUUCCGUGGUCAUAUCUGCUACUGCUAUUUUUCUUUUUUCUUGGAUCUUUUGUUUUUACAUUACUGUGCUUUGCUGGUGGACAGUCAGCUUAAGUGGAAAACUGAUUUUUGGCCUGGGCUUGUUAAGAAUAUUCUGUGAUUCAUAAUAUACAUUCAUUGUAAAAUGCCAUCUCAAAUUCAAAGUGCACACACACACUUUUGUAUGUGUAUACCACCUAAAUCUUUAGUUUUUUUUGUACCUUAUAACCCAGGUUUAGACUCAAUAUAAGGAAUAUGUACUAUUAUAAAACCACAAGACUGGUAAAACGCACUGCUGAAUAUAAGACAUCCUCAACAAUAAAUGUUUUUACAUA